AUGUCCGUAGGCAACGAAUGGUUUCUAGUCGACCGGUCAAGCCGACGCGGCCGCAACGUAAAAGUAGGGGAUAUAGUGACUUUUGACUCUGUACUUGAGCCUGGGGAGAAGGCGUUCAAGAGGGUGUUGGGGUUGGAGGGGGAUUGUGUUAUGAUGGGGACGCCGGAGACGGGGGAUACGAAGAUGAUUAGGGUGAGUUUUUAGGCGGGACGGGGAGAUGGAUUUACAAGGGAAAAGGGGCUAAUUGGAUUGUAGAUUCCUCAGGGUCAUUGUUGGUUGGUGGGGGAUAAUUUGGAAUGGUCGAGGGAUUCGAGGUUGUUUGGUCCGGUACCUAUGGCUCUUAUUAAGGGGAAAAUCAUCGCUAGAGUUCUACCAUUGGGCGAUAGGAAAUGGUUUGAGAAUGAAUUGCAGCCAGAGCCGAAAAGAACUUGGUUUCAAAGUAUAUAUACCUGGUUUACGACAUGAUGAACAGAUGAAACUCAUCAAUUUAGAGGAGAAGCGUAUCAACUCAUGAAUAAGUACAUAUGAUUCUU